GCCAAAUGUCUGCGGUAGACAGUGUUGCCCAGGAUGGACCACGGCUCCUGGCACAAAUCGCUGCAUCAAACCUGUCUGCGACCCGCCAUGCCAGAACAAGGGCUCCUGCAGCCGCCCCCAGGUCUGUACCUGUCGCUCGGGCUUCCAGGGCUCCCGGUGUGAAGAAGUCGUUCCCGAGCAGGAGUACCACCCACCUAGUGCUGCCGCCGCCUUCAGGCCCCCCGCAAGCUCCCUCCGGAGGAGGACCGGCACAGCAGGGCGGGAUGCCUCCCUGCGAGGGGCUCAGGUGCCAGUCCCACGACAUAUCCCAGCUGUGACUCAGAGCAGAACUGGCUCUCCUGUCUCCCCCCAGAACACAGGGCUGUCACGGACUGUCCGGCGGUACCCAGCCAGCAACGGCCAACUCACCUCUAAUGCACUCCCCAAUGGGAAUGGACGUGAGCAGAGCAGCUCUGGGCCACAUGUGGUUUCCCAGGAGCACACCUUGUCUGCAAGGGGGGCCAACCUGACAGAGAAGAUUAGGAAGAUAAAAAUCGUCUUUACACCCACCAUCUGCAAACAGACAUGCCGGAGCGGGCGCUGCUACAACAGCUGCGAGAAAGGAGACACCACCACUCUCUAUAGCCAAGGGGGGCACGACCAUGAUCCCAAGUCUGGCUUCCGCAUCUAUUUCUGCCAGAUCCCCUGCCUGAAUGGAGGGCGCUGUGUGGGCCGGGACGAGUGCUGGUGCCCCUCCAACUCCACAGGGAAGUUUUGUCACCUUCCAGCUCCCUCUCUGGAAAAGAAGCAAGGAGGGAGAGCCCCAAAGACCCUGGCCAGUGGCUCCAUGAAGCACUCCACCUACACCCUGCCUUUGUCCAACCAGCUGGCUUCCCUAAACCCUUCCCUGGUGAAUGUCCACAUCAACCACCCUCCAGAAGCCACUGUGCAGAUUCACCAGGUGGCCAGGGUGCGGGGUGAUGCAGAGGUGUCGGAAGAGAACAGUGUGGAGGCGGUCCUGGUGCCUCAGCUGGCCACCAUGCCCUGGUACACCUAUGCCCACGGGAAUGGCAACAGCAUUGCCACAGAGAGCGGCCAGCAGCAGCAGAGAGCCCCAGGGCUGCUGGGGAGAUGCUUUCGGGAAGCUCUCCAUGGACAGUGCACCAACCCCCUGCCAGGGCUGACCAAGCUGGAGGACUGCUGUGGCAGCGUGGGGCUCUUCUGGGGUGUGGACCGGUGCCUGGCCUGCCCCCCCCGACCAGCACACCCUGUGAUUGAGAAUGGGCAGGUGGAGUGUCCCCAGGGAUACAAAAGGCUGAAUCGGAGCCACUGCCAAGAUAUCAACGAGUGUUUGAUGCAGGGCCUGUGCAAAGAUGCUGAGUGUGUGAACACCCGUGGCAGCUUUCGCUGCACCUGCAAGCCUGGCACCAUGCUGGACCCAUCCCGUAGCCAUUGCAUCUCGGACAAGGCAGUGUCGAUGGAGCAGGGGCUGUGUUACCGCUCAGCAGCUGGAGGCAUCUGCUCCUUCCCCCUCUCCCACCGCAUCACCCAGCAGAUCUGCUGCUGCAGCCGCGUUGGCAAGGGCUGGGGGAAGAACUGCGAGGAGUGCCCCCUGCCUGGCUCAGAAGCCUUCAAGGAGAUUUGCCCAGCAGGACAUGGCUACACCUACUCCAGCUCUGAUAUCCGCCUGUCGAUGAGGAAGGCAGAGGCAGAAGAGCUGCCCUUCAGCUUGGAAGAGCAAGGGGAGAGCAGCAACUGGACGUUGGACCGGGCAGCAAAGAGACAGCAACUGCAGGACAACCUGCGUGGGAGCAUCCUGGAGGCAUUCCCCCACCCUGGCACCUCAGCAGGAGAGGGUGAAGUUUCUCCUGCUAUGCGAGGCGCUGCUGAUGCCACCGCAGAGCCCCUCACACGCAGAGAGGAAGAAGAGUCCUGGCGUGGUCCUCACCAGCCUGGCCCCACCACCACCUGGGAUGCUGCUGCUCCAACACAGAUGCCAGCACAGGGCUUGGGGGUUGGCAGCUGUGCCUCUUCACCCCUCUCCUGUGGAGCUGGCGCUUGCGUGCUCACCCCGGAGGGAUACAGCUGCUUGUGCCACCCUGGCUACACGUUGGACCCCAGCCGCCUCCACUGCAUCGAUGAAGACGAGUGCAUGAAAGAUCCUUGUGCUGGAAAAGGUCGCUGCAUCAACAGCAUGGGCUCCUAUUUGUGCCUCUGCUACUCUGGGUACACCCUGGCUGUCUCAGAGGGCAAGCAGAGCUGCCAGGAUCGAGAUGAAUGUGAGCAGCCCUCUACCUGCCGAGGACAGCGAUGCAUCAACACCCCUGGCUCCUACCGCUGCGAGUGCAAGGAGGGCUUUGCCAUGGGCCCCAGAGGACAGUGUGAAGAUAUCAACGAGUGCGUGGAUCCCAGCCCUUGCCGCAGCGGGAAGUGUGUCAAUACAUUGGGAUCCUACAAGUGUGUCAGCUGUGGAGAUGGCUACCGGCCCAGGAAUGGAAGAUGCAUUGAUGUGGAUGAGUGCCUUGCGGAGGGGACUUGUGCUCACGGACGGUGUGUCAACCUGGAUGGCUCCUUCCACUGUUCCUGCUAUCGGGGCUACAAGGUGGCACCUGAUGGGAAGAGCUGCCAAGACAUCGAUGAAUGCUUGGCCCAGACCACCUGUCCCUCCGGACUCUGCCUCAACACCGAGGGCUCCUACUCCUGCAUGGCUUGUGACGCAGGCUACGCUGUCUCCAGAGAUGGCAGCACAUGUGAAG